AUAUCAUCCUCUCCUAUAUCCUUCAAUACUGCAGAUAAACGGACGCACUACACACUCACCGAGCAAAAUGAACUACUUGCGUCGACGUCUGUCAGACAGCAGCUUUGUAGCCAACCUGCCCAAUGGCUACAUGAUGGACUUGCAAAGGCCAUCUGGCUCCAGCGGCAGCAGCUCCACUAGCUCCCCGGCGUCUCCUGCCACAGAGAGACGUCAGCCGCAGCCACAGCCGCCUGCUGCACCAGCCCAAGGCCCAUCCCAGCCUGCCUCCUCAGGCACAUUUCUCAGCUCCUUCUCCAGCGUCGUGAAGACAGCUCAGAUCGCCAGUGCUGUCCAGGCCAAAGUUGCCGCUCAUGGGGAUGCCGCCACCGCUGCCGCUUCCACCAUUUCUGCUGCAGCCCUGUUUAAGCCUGCAGUCCGCAAGCCCAAAGUACUGUUAGUCAUCGAUGAUGCACACACUGAUUGGGCGAAGUAUUUUAGAGGGAAGAAGCUGAAUGGAGAAUAUGAGAUUCGUGUUGAACAGGCUGAGUUUUCAGAGAUCAAUCUGGCAUCCAGCGUCGCCACUGGCUGUGUGGUCGAUAUGCAGGUCACGCGAGGUGGUACCAAAGUUGUCAGGUCCUUCAAGCCAGAUUUCAUCCUAAUUCGCCAGCACGCAUACAGCAUGACCCCUGGCGAAGAUUUCAGAAGUCUUGUGAUUGGUCUCCAGUAUGGCUGUGUGCCAAGUAUCAACUCCUUGCAUUCGAUCUACAACUUUUGCAGCAAACCAUGGGUUUUUGCUCAUUUGAUCAAGCUCUACCACGCACUGGGCCCAGAAAAAUUCCCACUGAACGAGCAGAACUUCUUUCCCAACCACACACAAAUGCUUCCUGCUCCAACAUUUCCAGUUGUGGUUAAGAUGGGACAUGCCCAUGCCGGCAUGGGAAAGGUUAAGGUUGAAAAUGCUGGCGACUUCCAGGACAUCACCAGCGUGGUGGCUCUUGCUCAAACAUAUGCAACAACAGAGCCCUUUGUUGACUCCAAGUAUGACAUUCGUAUCCAAAAAAUCGGCAACAACUACAAAGCAUACAUGAGAACCUCCAUCUCAGGAAACUGGAAAGCCAACACAGGCUCUGCUAUGCUGGAGCAGAUUGCUAUGACAGAUAGGUAUCGUCUGUGGGUGGACUCAUGUGCUGAGAUGUUUGGAGGCCUUGAUAUCUGUGCAGUCAAGGCUGUCCAUGGAAAGGAUGGCAAUGAUUACAUUAUAGAGGUAAUGGACAGCUCCAUGCCUCUGAUUGGUGAGCAUGUGGAAGAGGACAAACAACUUAUUGCUGAUCUGGUUCUCAACAAAAUGGCUUUUUCCCUGCUAGGAAUCACUUCUCCACAGGCCCCUAAUGCCAAGACACAGCCUCUUCCACAGACAACCCAGCCCAAAAGAGCUCAAGGAGGUUCUCGCUCAGGCGCCGCCUCCCCAUCUCAGUCGGCACAGGGAUCUCCACAGCGUACGCGCUCUGCUAACACCUCUCCCAGUCAGGCUUUCCAGCCUGGCCCAAUCCCAUCAGCCUCUUCUCAAAAGCAAGCACCCCAGCUUAACAAAUCUCAGUCUCUCACAAACACCUUUACGGAGACACUGAAAGGAAACCCCGUAGAUGACGAGGCCAAAGCUGAGACCAUACGCAGCCUACGCCAGUCCUUUGCCAGCCUGUUCUCAGACUAAUACGAUCUUAAACGCGGCAUGACCAGCACCCUCUGCAGUGUAGGCUCAGCAAAGUGUAAGCUUAAAAAAGAAAUCUGGUUGAUCUUACGAUCAUGGAAAAUGCAUGGAAGGCUAAGGUUUGUGUCACUGUUUGGAUUGUGGCUUAUUUUGUUUAAAUACUUUUUACUUCAGUUUUGUUUUACUUAAGAUCGUU